AACUGUUGUAUAUUUUGGGCUAACGCAUGUUCCGUAGGGGGAAAACUCCGGGAGUGGGAGGGGCAGCUUCGGGGACGUUUAGUGUUGUGAUGUACGGCCUGUGAACGGACGGUGUUGAAGAAAUAAAGCAGUAUUCAUCACGUCGUUGCCCGAACCUUCCUUGCUACCUCAGAACCCGGAAAGUAGUAAGGACAUAACAAAACUGGCGACGAGGACGUCUGGACUGACGCGUGUUGGCCGGAUUCGUCUCGACGGGUGGAGUGGAUUGGUGGACUGUGGCAACGUCGUGAGUAGUGUGGCGAAGAAAAAAAAGAAGAGUGGCCUGCUGAGGGGAGACGUCUGUAGGGCAAGCAGUGCCAUACAAACAGGAACUUGUAAUGGCCGGAAUGAUUGGCUCAAUUGGUCCCUUUGACGAAAGUGUUGAACGAUGGGGCUCGUAUACUGAGCGUUUCGAUUACUUCGCCAUGGCUAAUGAUAUAAAGGAGGAGAAGCUGGUGCCCACGUUUUUGAGUGUAAUGGGGCCGAAAACGUUUACCUUGCUACGUGACCUACUGCAACCAGAAGAGCCCGGCAGUAAAACAUACCGAGAAAUAGUGGAUGUACUGGCAAACCAUCUUUCACCGAAACCCCUGGUAAUCGCAGAAAGAUUCCGAUUUCACAGACGCAGCCAAGAAGAGGGCGAGUCGGUCACCCAGUUUGUGGCGGGCCUACGCAAGCUGGCUGAACACUGUGAGUUCCGGGAUGUGUUAAAUGACACUUUGAGAGACAGGCUGGUAUGUGGACUUAGGAACGAGGCAGCACAGAAGAGAUUACUCACAGAAAGUGACUUGACUUUGGAGAAGGCCAUUAACAUCAGUGUAACAAUGGAAAUGGCGAAAAAGGAGGCCCAGCAACUAAGUGCUACAGAAAGAGUGCACCAACUCAACAAUGAUAAACCGAACGCGCAAGGGCCAUGUUUUCGCUGUGGUAGAUCUGGACAUCUUGCAUCAACGUGCUGGUGCAAAGAGAUGGACUGUCGUAACUGUGGAAAAAAAGGGCACAUAGAGCGGGCGUGCCGAAGUAAACAGGACAUGGACAAAAGUUCAAGGGCUGGGAACAGAAGUGACAAUAUGAAAUAUAAACAAAAAAGGCAUGUGCGCACCGUUUGCCAUGAUGAUGGAAGAAAUAGUGAUUCUUCGGAGGAAGAAGUGCCUGUAAAUACUAUACGAGCGAUGAAUGUAGGUGAGAGCUCAGAUGGCUACUGGGCUGUACCCAAGUUGGAGGGACAUGUGGUGAAAAUGCAGAUAGACACAGGAUCAAAGGCAUCACUAGUGUCACACAAGAUCUACAGGAAACUCAUGAGGCACCUUCCACUACGUCCAUCAGACACAGUGUUUAAGGCAUAUACGGGACAUCGAGUGCACAUGGAAGGGAUGACGGAUGUGACUGUUCAGUACCAUGGGCGGACAAAAAGGCUUCCCCUUUAUGUGACCAAGGGAAAUCAUCCUGCCAUAAUGGGGCGUACAUGGCUACAGGGAAUCCGGCUGGACUGGCAAGCGAUAAGGAAACUGUCACACCGUUCCUCUCCGCUACAAGAAAUACUCGAGAAACACGAAGAGGUUUUCCGUGAUGAAUUAGGCAGCAUGAAAGAUAUAACCGUUAAGUUACAUGUCAAACCUGGUAGCAAGCCUGUGUUUAUGAAAGCUAGACCAGUACCAUACGCCAUCCGAUCCAAGGUAGAAGCUGACUUGGACGCCCUGGUCAAGAAUGGGGUUUUGGAGCCGGUGACCAUCAGUGAGUGGGCCACACCCAUCGUUCCCGUACCAAAAAAAGAUGGGGGAAUUCGGACCUGUGGAGAUUUCAAGGUAACACUUAACCCGGUGUUAGCAGCAGAGCAAUAUCCACUUCCCCUAAUUGAUGACUUGUUUGCUGGACUGAGUGGGGGACAAAAAUUCAGUAAGGUAGAUCUCAGUCAGGCUUACCUACAAAUGCAUGUAGAAAAAGAGUCACGUGAAAUGUUGACCAUUAACACACACAAGGGUCUCUUCAGAUACUGCAGACUGCCGUUCGGCAUCACGUCAGCCCCGGCACUUUUUCAGCGAGCGAUGGAUCAGAUCCUUAGUGGGUUGCCUGGGGUACAGUGCUACCUUGACGAUAUCCUGUGCACUGGAUCUACCGAUGACGAGCACCUGCGCAACUUGGAUGCUACCCUUCAAAGGCUGAAGGCCUACGGCUUAAGAGUCCGUAAGGACAAAUGUGACUUCUUCAAGCCAUCUGUGGAAUAUCUGGGGCAUGUGAUCGAUGCAGAAGGACUGCACACUGCACCAUCAAAAGUGGCAGCUGUCGUGGACGCGCCCCCACCCCAAAACAUCAGCCAGCUACGAUCUUUCUUAGGUCUGCUGAACUAUUACGGACGCUUCAUCUCCAAUCUGUCAUCACUGCUUCAACCCCUGCACGAACUGUUACGCCGAGACAAACCGUGGAAGUGGACAGCCAGCUGUCAGGAGGCUUUUGAAAAGGCUAAAGGAGCGCUGACUACGUCCAAGGUCCUGACGCACUUCAACCCAUCACUUCCACUGCAGCUCGCCUGUGACGCCUCUCCUUACGGAGUAGGGGCGAUUCUCUCUCAUGUCCUGCCGGGUGGUGAGGAAAAGCCAAUCGCUUUUGCAUCGAGGACAUUGAACAAAACAGAGUCUAACUAUGCUCAACUGGAACGAGAGGCACUGAGCAUUGUUUUUGGAGUUAGGAAAUUCCAUCAAUACUUAUAUGGGAGGAAGUUUACGCUCCUGACGGACCAUCGGCCCCUCACCACCAUCCUCGGUCCGCACACUGGAAUACCGUCUCUUGCUGCAUGCCGACUGCAGAGGUGGGCUUUGUUGUUGUCGGCGCAUGCAUAUGACAUCAGGUAUCGAAAAUCAGACUUCCACUGCAAUGCGGAUGGCUUGUCCCGAUUGCCCUUGCCUGUCACAAGGCCGGAGUCGGACACGGUGGACCUUUUCUACUUCAGGGAGGUGGAGAGAGCACCUGUCUCUGCAGUGCAGGUAAAAAGGGAAACUCGGAAUGACCCGGAGUUAUCUGCGGUCGUGGACAUUGUCGUUAAGGGUCGAUCUGCUGGCGAUAAUGCGAGUCUGAAGCCUUUCCUCGGGAGGAGAUUGCAACUGUCUGUCCAGUCUGGGUGUCUACUCUGGGGUAGGAGGGUGGUCAUACCACGGUCACUUCGCUCAAAAGUGCUGCAGCAACUGCAUUCGGGACACAGCGGAAUAGUCCGAAUGAAAGAAAUAGCGAGAAGCUAUUUUUGGUGGCCGAACAUGGAUCAACAAAUUGAAGAGUUGGCCAAAAGCUGUCCAUCAUGCCACCGAGUCAGGAACAAUCCUCCACUAGCGCCUCUUCACCCCUGGGAAUUCCCACAAGGACCAUGGCACCGGGUGCACAUUGAUUUUGCGGGACCAGUGGAGGACAGGAUGUUCCUUAUUGCUGUGGAUGCACACAGCAAAUGGCCAGAGGUGGCUAUCAUGAGAUCAACCACUGCAGAAAAGACUAUCGAAAAGUUAGGGGAACUGUUUAGUCGGUUUGGAUCUCCUGCCCAGCUAGUCUCUGACAAUGGACCCCAAUUUGUCUCACAAGAAAUGGCAGUGUUCCUGCAAGCUAACGGUGUCCAACACAUUAAGUCGGCCCCCUACCACCCCGCAACAAAUGGGCUUGCUGAGAGAUUUGUUCAAACCAUGAAGCAUGCCUUGAAAACAUCACAAGGACAAGGAACACUACAUCAGAGAUUGCACCACUUCUUACUAACCUAUCGGAACAGUCCGCAUGCCACCACCAAGACAUCUCCUGCUAGCCUGAUGCUAAAGAGAGACCUGCGCACCACGUUUGACCUCUUGAAGCCCUCAGCAGUGAAGGACAUUGUCCAAGGUCAGCAGGAAAAACAGGUUAGGUGCAGAGGACAGGAGGGCAAAGGAAGAGUUUUCAAGCCAGGAGACUCUGUGUUGGCAAGGAACUACCGUGGCGAACCAAAGUGGAUUCCUGCCACUGUUAUUGCGCAAACGGGACCAGUAUCUUAUACUGUCCAAACAUCUGAUGGUGUAUGGAGAAGACAUGUUGAUCAACUCCUGCAGACUCAGUUAGGGCCAGCAGAGCUGUCCCUCAAAGAUCUUCCUGAUAGCUCUGCCCACGUCAAAACGCCGGUUCCCAUACCCUCCCAAGUGCAGGACUCAAUCACACUCGCGCCACCAGUCCCAGCUGAGGAUGCGCAUGAGACAGAGACUCUGACUUCUCCCUUUGCAGAAGCUCCUGCAACAAGUUCACCAUUGGUCGACCGUGGAGCUGAUCCUGUGCCCCCAGAUAGGAGAUAUCCUAUCAGAGAGCGGCGAGCUCCUGCGCGCUUGGACUUAUAGGUUCGCGGUUGACCCGAGUUAUGGGGAUGUUUAGUUCUAGGUGCGUAAUUCCGUGUUGUUCAUGCAUGUUCAUUGUAAGGGGGGAGGAGAUGUUGUAUAUUUUGGGCUAACGCAUGUUCCGUAGGGGGAAAACUCCGGGAGUGGGAGGGGCAGCUUCGGGGACGUUUAGUGUUGUGAUGUACGGCCUGUGAACGGACGGUGUUGAAGAAAUAAAGCAGUAUUCAUCA